AUGGAUGAUAUAGUCAUAGCAGGGAUAUCGGGCCGUUUGCCCGAAUCCAACAACCUGGAGGAAUUCUGGGAAAACCUCAUCAACGGUGUGGACAUGGUGACGGAGGACGACCGGCGGUGGACACCAGGUCUGUACGGUCUUCCAAAGAGGAACGGUAAACUGAAGGACAUCAGCCACUUUGACGCAGCCUUUUUCGGAGUGCACCCCAAACAGGCCAACACCAUGGACCCCCAGCUCCGCCUCAUGCUGGAGAUCGCCUACGAGUCUAUCGUAGAUGGAGGACUGAACCCAGCUGCUCUGCGCGGCAGUAAGACGGGGGUCUACAUCGGGGUGAGCGGCUCGGAGGCUGGAGAGGCGUUCAGCAGGGAUCCAGAGGAGCUGCUGGGCUACAGCAUGACCGGCUGCCAGCGCGCCAUGCUGGCCAACAGACUGUCCUACUUCUUCGACUUCAGCGGCCCCAGCACUGCCAUCGACACGGCCUGCUCCUCCAGCCUGCUGGCUCUGGAGAACGCCUUCCACGGGAUCCGCCAGGGCCACUGUGACGCCGCUCUGGUGGGGGGGGUCAACCUGCUGCUCAAGCCCAACACCUCGGUGCAGUUCAUGAAGCUGGGCAUGCUCAGUCCUGAGGGGACCUGCAAGUCCUUUGACGCAUCAGGAAACGGAUACUGCCGUUCUGAGGCAGCAGUGGCUGUGCUGCUGACGAAGCGCUCGAUGGCUAAAAGAGUGUACGCCACAGUGCUGAACGCUGGCAACAACACAGAUGGAUACAAGGAGCAGGGUGUGACCUUCCCUUCAGGUGAGAUGCAGCAGAGGCUGGUUCGCUCUCUCUACCAGGCAGCUAAUAUAACUCCUGAUCAGGUGGAAUAUGUGGAGGCCCACGGCACAGGGACCAAGGUUGGGGACCCACAGGAAGUGAACGGCAUCGUCAGUGUGUUCUGUGACUCGAGGUCAGAGCCCCUGCUAAUCGGCUCCACAAAGUCCAACAUGGGCCAUCCAGAACCGGCCUCUGGUCUGUCUGCUCUUGCUAAGGUGGUGCUUUCUCUAGAGCGAGGAGUCUGGGCCCCCAACCUGCACUACAACAGUGCGAACGCGGACAUCCCAGCGCUCAGCGACGGUCGGAUUCAGGUGGUCGACCGGCCCAUUCCCAUCCGAGGCGGCAUCGUAGGCAUCAACUCGUUUGGAUUCGGAGGUUCAAAUGUUCACGUGAUUCUCCGUCCAGCGGAGAAAUCAACUGACACGGCCGCACCGCCCAGGACACUACCCAGGGUGCUUCAGGCCUGUGGCCGCACAGAGGAGGCAGUGAAGGUGCUGCUACAAAAAGGGAAGGAACACGCUGCUGAUGACAACUUCCUGUCUCUGCUGAAUGAGGUUUCAGGAGCUCCUACUUCCAGCAUGCCCUUCAGAGGCUACACCCUGAUUGGCUCUCAGAGCGACGUCACCGAGGUGCAGCAGGGGCAGGCCGCCCCCAGGCCCAUCUGGUACAUCUGCUCAGGUAUGGGGACUCAGUGGGCCGGGAUGGGCCGCAGCCUCAUGCAGCUGCCUGACUUCAGAGAGUCCAUCCUGAGGUCGGACGUGGCUCUGAAGGAGACCGGCCUGGUGGUGUCCAGCCUGCUCAUGGACGCAGACGAGGCCACUUUUGAAGACACCGUUCACGCCUUCGUUGGCCUGGCUGCCAUACAGAUUGCUCAGAUCGACCUGCUCACUAAGCUGGGCCUUGUGCCUGAUGGGAUUGUGGGUCACUCUGUAGGAGAGCUGGCCUGUGGCUACGCUGACGGCUCCCUCAGCCACACUGAGGCCCUGCUGGCUGCCUACUGGAGGGGCCGCUGCAUCAAGGAGGCCAACCUUCCUCCAGGAGGCAUGGCUGCCAUCGGAUUGACGUGGCAGGAGUGUAUAGCUCAGUGUCCUAAGGGAGUGGUCCCUGCCUGCCACAAUGCUGAGGACACCGUCACCAUCUCCGGCCCUCAGGCAGCCAUCACUGCGUUUGUGUCCGAGCUGAAAGAGCAGGGAGUGUUUGCAAAGGAGGUGCGCAGCGCUGGUGUCGCUUUCCACUCCUACUACAUGGCCUCCAUCGCCCCCACCCUGCUGGCUGCUCUGAAGAAGGUGAUCAAGGAGCCUCGGCUGCGCUCCCCCCGCUGGGUGAGCACCAGUAUCCCUCAGGCAGACUGGGACUCUCCUCUGGCUCUGUACAGCUCGGCUGAUUACCACGUCAACAACCUGGUGAGCCCCGUGCUGUUCCACGAGGGCCUCAGCCUGGUGCCGGAGAAUGCUGUGACCGUGGAGAUAGCCCCUCACGCUCUGCUGCAGGCGAUCCUGAAGCGUAGCUUGAAGCAGACAUGUUCCAUCCUCCCGUUGAUGAAGAGAGGCCACGCCAACAACCUGGAGUUCUUCUUGUCAAACGUUGGGAAAAUCUACAUGAACGGCCUCAACGUGGACAGUAACAGCCUCUGCCCAGCGGUGAAGUACCCUGUGCCGGUGGGAACCCCUCUGAUCUCUCCCCUGCUGCAGUGGGACCACUCCCAGACCUGGGACGUUCCCAAGGCCGAGGAUUUCUCCUCAGGCUCAGGAGGAUCCAACUCUGCCAUUGUCUAUAAUAUCGACAUCAACCCAGAGUCUCCAGACUACUACAUGCUUGGACACUGCAUCGAUGGGCGUGUCCUCUACCCGGCCACGGGCUACCUGGUGCUGGCUUGGCGUACCUUGAUGAGAAGCCUAGGCGCUGUCAUGGAGAGCACCCCUGUAACCUUUGAGGACAUCACCAUCCACAGGGCCACCAUCCUGCCAAAGAGCGGCUCGGUCCAGCUGAAGGUGCACCUCAUGCCUGCCACCAACAAGUUUGAGGUUUCAGAGAAUGGAAACCUGGCUGUCAGUGGUAAGGUGAGCAUCUUGGAGGAUGCAGCCCUUGACUCAUUCCACAGUCAGAUAAAAAACCAAGCGGCCUACAUCGCCGGUGACUCCAAAAUGAAGCUGACCGCACACGACAUCUACAAAGAGCUGCGACUGCGCGGAUACGACUACGGAAAGACCUUCCAAGGAAUCUUAGAAUCCAACAAUGCAGGAGACAGUGGGAAGCUGCAGUGGUCUGGAAACUGGGUGACCUUUCUGGACACCAUGCUGCAGAUGAUGGUGGCGGGGCUGUCAGGGCGCAGUCUGCGUCUGCCCACCAGGAUCCGCUCCGUGUGCAUCGAUCCAACUCUGCAUCUGGAGAAGGUCUGCGACGACGCUGAGGGAAAACAAGCUGCCGAUGUCCACGUAAACCGUUGCCUUGACCACAUUGUUGCCGGUGGAGUCCAGAUCAGCGGUCUGCAUGCCACUGUGGCCCCCCGCCGACAGCAGCAGCAGAGCCCCCCCACCCUGGAGGAGUUUGUGUUUGUUCCCUACGUGGACACAGAGUGCCUGACGUCCAAUGGGAAGCUUGCAGAGCAGCUGAGGCUCUGUAAAGGUCUAAUACAAAGACUGCAGCGAAAGUUGGCCCCCCAUGGUGUGAAGCUGUCCAUCCCCGGCCUGCAGGGGGAGUCAGAGGGCCCCCUCCCCAGCCCGGAGCCCUCUGAGCCAGGCCUGCUGCGGCUGCUGGCCCUGCUCUGCGGCUUGGAGCUGAACGGGAACCUUCACUCUGAACUGCAGCAGACUGUGGAGAAGGAGCGGGGGUGCCUGCUGCAGGACGAGCUGCUGCAGGGCCUGCUGGACAACCCCCCCCUCAGACACUGCCUGGACACUACCCUGGAGAACUGCAUGCCCGGCAAGAUCAAAGUCCUGGAGGCUCUCUCCAGUGACGGGCAGCUCUUCUCCCGCGUUCUAUCGCUGCUCCACAUCCAGCCCAUGCUGCGUGUGGACUACACUGCUACAGCGCCCCAACUUGACCUCAUGAUCCCCCACCAGGCCACUCUGGAGGAGAUGGCAGUGGCCUCAGCUCAGUGGGACCCCAUGACAGGCCCGGCCCCUGGAGGCGCAGUAGCAGACCUCGUGGUGUGUAACCACGCCUGGGGCCCCUUGAGGACGGACCCUGGAGUGCUGGUGGCAAAUCUGGCUUCUGGAGCCAAAGAGGGGGGGUUCGUUCUCCUCCACACCCUGCUGAAGGGGGAGACUCUGGGGGAGAUGGUCGCCUUCCUCUCCAGCACCGCUCAGAACAACGCCCAGCAAGGACUCCUCACACAGGCUGAAUGGCAGAAGGUGUUCUCUGAGGCCUCUCUCAGCCUGGUGACUGUCAGGAAGUCUUUCUAUGGCUCCGCCCUCUUUCUGUGUCGCUGUCAAACUUCUGUCAAAGAGCCCCUUUUCCUGCCUGUGGACAGCACUGACUACAAGUGGGUGGAAACACUCAAGGCGAAGCUGGCAGAGCCAUCAGACACCCCAGUGUGGCUGACCGCCUCUCAAGCCCACUGUGGCAUUGUGGGAAUGGUCAACUGUCUACGGCAGGAGCCAGGGGGCGAACGAAUACGCUCUGCAUUUGUGUCCAAUCUGAAUGAGUCUUCAGCAGCACCGAGCCUCCAGCCGGGUCAGGAGUCGAUGCAGUCGGUGCUGGGGGGGGACCUGGUGAUGAACGUGUUCAGAGACGGACAGUGGGGCGUUUUUAGGCACCAGCUCAUCACUCAAGAUCUGAGUGAAGAAGUGACGGAGCAGGCCUACGUCAAUGUGCUGACUCGAGGUGACCUCUCCUCUCUGCGCUGGAUUGCCUCCCCGCUCCGCUACUUUGUGCCCAGCAACCCCAAUGUGCAGCUGUGUCACGUCUACUACAGCUCGCUCAACUUCAGAGACAUCAUGCUGGCCACCGGCAAGCUGCCGCCUGACGCUAUUCCAGGUGACCUGGCCCUGCAGCAGUGCAUGUUGGGUAUGGAGUUUUCCGGUCGUGACCCUGCUGGAAAGCGUGUGAUGGGGCUGCUUCCUGCCAGAGGCCUGGCUACAUGUGUGGAUGCUGACAAACGCUUCCUGUGGGAUGUUCCCUCCAGCUGGACUCUGGAGCAGGCGGCCUCGGUGCCGGUGGUCUACGCCACAGCCUUCUACUCUCUGGUGGUGCGGGGCAGGCUCCGCCCCGGAGAGACGGUUCUCAUCCACUCAGGGUCAGGGGGCGUCGGCCAGGCCGCCAUCGCCAUCGCACUCAGCAAGAAGUGUAAAGUCUUCACUACAGUCGGCUCAGCGGAGAAGCGGUCCUACCUGCAGCAGAGGUUCCCUCAGCUCUCAGCAGAGUCCUUCGCUAACUCCAGAGACACUUCCUUUGAACAGCACAUCCUGCUGCACACACAGGGCAAAGGUGCGGAUCUGGUGCUGAACUCUCUGGCAGAGGAGAAGCUGCAGGCCAGUAUUCGAUGUCUCGCCAGACACGGACGCUUCCUGGAGAUCGGCAAAUACGAUCUGUCAAACAACAACCCACUGGGCAUGGCUCUGUUCCUGAAGAACGUGGCCUUCCACGGCAUCCUGUUGGACGCCCUCUUUGAAGAAGGCAACCAUGAGUGGGAGGAUGUGUCCAAGCUGCUGAAGGAAGGCAUUAUGGGAGGUGUAGUUCAGCCUCUGAAGACCACAGUGUUUGAGAGGGACCAAGUGGAGGAGGCGUUCAGAUACAUGGCUCAGGGCAAACACAUCGGCAAAGUCCUCCUGCAGGUGUGUCAUGAGGAGAAGGGUUCAGCAGUCCAAACUGCUUCCCGUGUGUCUUUCCCAGCUAUCUGUCGCACCUUCUGCCCCCCCUCCCAUUCCUACAUCAUCACUGGAGGACUGGGGGGCUUCGGUCUGGAGCUGGCUCAAUGGCUCACUGAGAGAGGAGCCCACAAACUGGUGCUGACCUCCAGAUCAGGCAUCAGGAACGGUUACCAGGCGAAGCGAGUUCGUGAAUGGAAGUCACAGGGUGUGGAGGUGCUGGUGUCGACCAAUGACGUCAGCACACUGCAGGGAACAGAGCGACUCAUCGCUGAGGCCGGCUCACUGGGCCCUCUGGGGGGGGUCUUCCACCUCGCCAUGGUGUUGAAAGAUGGCAUGUUGGAGAAUCUGACUCCUGAGCUUUUCCUCGAUGUUAACAAACCUAAAUAUGAUGGAACCGUAAACCUGGACAAAGUGACGAGAAAGUCUUGUCCAGACCUGCAGCAUUUCGUGGCCUUCUCCUCCGUCAGCUGCGGCCGUGGCAACGCUGGCCAGAGUAACUACGGUUACGCCAACUCGGCCAUGGAGCGUGUGUGUGAGAAGCGCAGACACGAUGGCUUACCUGGACUGGCGGUUCAGUGGGGAGCCAUCGGCGAUGUGGGCGUGGUGCUGGAGACCAUGGGGGGCAACGACGCAGUGAUCGGUGGCACGCUCCCACAGCGCAUCACUUCCUGUCUGGAGGUGCUGGACCGCUUCCUGUGCCAGCAGCGCCCGGUGAUGUCCAGCUUCGUGCUGGCGGAGAGGACGGUGGUGAAGAGCGAGGCGGGAAGCAAGAGAGACCUAGUGGAUGCUGUCGGACACAUCCUGGGUGUGCGGGAUGUGAGCAGCCUGAACCCUGAUGCCUCUCUGGCUGACUUGGGCCUGGACUCUUUGAUGGGUGUUGAAGUUCGCCAGACUCUGGAGCGGGACUACGACAUCGUCAUGGCGAUGAGGGAAAUCCGCCAGAUCACCAUCAACAAGCUGCGAGAGCUGGCCAGCAGCAAGCCAAGCGGAACAAAUGACUCUGCAGCUAAGAGGGAAAGUGUUCACGCUCUGUUGGAGUCUGAUCUGACCCAGCUGUUGGUGAACCCCGACGGCCCCACGGUGACCCCCCUCAACAAGGUUCAGAGCCAGGAGAGGGCCCUGUUCCUGGUCCAUCCUAUCGAGGGCUCCAUCCACGCCUUCAAGACUCUCACCUCCAAGCUCAGCAUUCCCUGCUACGGCCUGCAGUGCACUAAAGCCGCUCCUCUGGACAGCAUCAAGUCUCUGGCAGCGUUCUAUGUGGACUGCAUCAGACAGGUGCAGCCGGACGGGCCCUAUCGGAUUGCUGGAUACUCUUUUGGGGCCUGUGUGGCGUUUGAAAUGUGCUCCCAGCUUCAGACCCUGAACCUGCCUGUGGAGUACCUCUUCCUGUUCGAUGGAUCACACUCUUAUGUGGCAGCUUACACCCAGAGUUACAGGGCCAAGCUGACCCCAGGCAAAGAGUCUGAGGCUGAAACUGAAGCCCUGUGUGCCUUCAUCCAGCAGUUCACCGGCAUCGCAUACAACAAGCUCCUGGAGGUCCUCCUCCCGCUGGCGGACCUGGAGGCCCGGGUCAGCACGGCGGUGGACCUGAUCACCUCCGCCCACAAGAACAUCAGCCGGGAGCUGCUGCACUUCGCAGCCACCACCUUCUACUACAAGCUGAAGGCUGCUGACGGCUAUGUGCCCACAACAAAGUUCCAUGGCAACGUGACGUUACUGCGAGCCAAAACCAGCAGCGAGUACGAACAGAACCUGGGGUCUGACUACAAGCUCAGAGAGGUAUGUGAUGGGAAGCUGUCAGUCCACAUCAUCAAGGGAGACCACCGCUCCUUCCUGCAGGGGGAGGGGGUGGAGUCCAUCAGCUCCAUCAUCCACAGCUCCCUGUCUGACGCCCCAGCCACACCUCCACCUGCAUACUAACACCACAACAUUCCCAACAUGUCUGACUCCAGUUAGUUCAGGAUGUGGACCUUUAACCUCGUUAGAAUAACACACAGCAUGUUUCAGUCCUGUGCCAUUUUGCCCUACAUUCCCUAAUGCACCUUCUCAAAUCUCAUUGCUCAAUUCAGGCAAUGGACUCACUCUCUUACCUAUCAGAGCUCUUAUCUUCCUGUCGGGCGUGUAAAAUGGUGCCGUCAGUUAAUACCUUAGCUAUUCUAAGAUAGGUCUCCCUAUGUUACUGUAUUUCAUUUACACUUUUUUUGGAUUGUAGCAGGAAUCCCAAUUUUAAUUUCUUAUCAUGAGCCAGCUAUACAGUGGCCAAUAACUAAUUAGUUAGGAAGUUAUUAAAAAACGACUGUUCUAACUACUGACACAGGCUUUUUUCAAAGCAGAAUCCAAGAAAAUUAGGAUUUUUUUUCUAUUUAGGGAAGAAUAUGCAGUAUGAAUUCCACAACACGAAAUCAUUCAUUACAUAACAUGUUUGUACAGGCUCCUUCCAUCUAUUUAUAAAAUGACCAAGCAAUACUCAAAACUAUCAGGCUUCAAUGGAAGACAAACUGAGAGCAGUUUAAAAAGGUAUGUGUAUCUGUAGCUAACAGCAAAGCAGGCAGACAUAAAUACUUAAGUGUCCCAUUUCUUACCGUUUUUAUGGAGGAAAUUGGCAAAUGAUAUCUUAACUGUGAGUAGACCAGCUCCUACAGCAUCUGCUCAGAUAGAACCAGUCUCCCAGGGACUUACAAAUAAUUUGGCAUCUCAGGAACUCUUUUAUUUUCCUCUAAAUGUCUCCCAUACAGAGAAUUGGACGGCUAUUAGCUUCUGAGUUUGACAGUAAUAGAAGCAUGUGUAAAGAGCUCAUUGGUCAAUCCCUGUGUUACUUUGUUUUUCAGUGACCAGACAUUGAAUCUAUAUCAAACCAAGUGUUAGGUUCAAGGCUACAAUGAAUAUCAUGCACAUAUCAACGUGUUACUCAGAACAUCUGGCUCUGGAGAGCGCAGUGUGGACAUGGUGUGUUCAAAAGAGACAUGUGUUUAAAGGCUGCCAAGAAGUAUUUUGGUUGUAGCUCAGCAGGUUAUAAGACUUUCUUUCUUAAUCCUAGUAUCCUCCUGUUAUGACCAGAUAACAUUGACCCCCAAAUGACUGUUACAAACGUAUCAGUAAAUCAUUUGCAUGUAUUUGAAUGACCAGUACACUUCAUUGCUGGAUGAAUUCGUUUUUGGCAUUAUUGAUUAUAUAUUGAAAUAAAUAAGGGAGCUAUGCCAGUAAAUAUCAUUCAAUAAUGUAUUAUUAACAUGUCUAAAUGGUAAUAGAUUGUCUUACACACCAUGUUACACCUGUGCUUCUAACAUCACAACAACUAUACAAAAGAAUGUAGCCUAGCAUAGCAUGAGAGGCUGGCUCAGUAACAGUAUGAACACACGACCCUGUUACACUGCCAUGGGAAACGAAAUACUUCUGGACUGGCAAAAGAUGACCUGAUAGUAUUGGUUAUAUGGACAUUUGGAGUCUUUUUUUGUUUUAUUUUGUAUUUAUUAUAUUUUAUUUUGUCCAAAAUAAAUGUGUUUACCUGUGUCAGAGGUAGCAAUCAUAUCACUUUAAAAGUGUUGCUGUUGGUUUCAUAAUGUGUUGCCUUUAUGCAAAGCAGGUUGUUAACGGUUACAAACAAAUGAUGGAAAGCAUCCUAAAACUAAAUAUGUGUAUUAAUGUAGUGCAUACAGUUGCUAACAGUGUCAUUAAAUACUUAAAAAAUAUAUUGAUAAACCAUUCUGAUUUGUAAAACAGAUGGUUCUGACAUGACAUGCUGAAAAAACACGUUCAAAUUCAGUCUAUUUUCAAGGGAUUGUUUUCAUUUGUUUUUAUCAAUUUCCCUUAAAUACUAUUAUGCCCUGGUACUAAUGAAAAAUAGGUACUAAUUUUUGUAACAAACUGUUAUUAUUUGUAUCCUGCAGUACUAAAAACAAUGUGUAGAAAUGAAGAUGCUGCAUUACAAGAUGGAUAACUCGUGACGGGGCUUACCUUGAUUCAUAAGGCAGUGUUUAUGAAAUAGACACACUGAUCAGCAAACAAGGAAAUAAUAAUAUCUGAUAAGGUGAAAGGGUCUGUCCAGGCACAUUUUUCCCAGCUUACAAACGUGUUACUGAUUGACUUCUGUGUGAACACAAGGUGUUACUGAGGGCCAAAACUAGUGACUGUUACAGUAUUUGGAUAGUGAAUAGGUACCUUAAUGUGUCACUAAAUGCUGUAUCUUUCCUUAAGUCAGCUGUUAGGUUGUGAAUGACUACUAAGGCCGCUGUUGUAUUAGGACACAACUGAUCUAGUAGGGGGAUCUCCUCUUUCCUGGGGUCUUUGCUGGAAGGCCUUAUCCUCCCAGAGCUGUCUCUGACUCCCAUGACCCUCACUUAAUUUCAUGACCCCCCCCGCAGCAGUCAGCGCGACCUCUGAGACCUCCACCUGGUCUAUGAAGAGUCUGCUGACUGGAGGCAGACGUGGGGAGUGAUUGCUGUGAAGAGGAGAAGGAAGAGACAGUGUAUGCUCAUCUCUUAUAUUAUUGUAAUAUUUCCAGUAUUUUUUUUGUUAUGACUAAUAAAGGCAUCUCGCUAAUAAGU